AUGAAUGGAGGCGGUCUGCUUUGGAGGGCACAGACACAAAAAGGAGAAGCACUUAGGUUAAAAGGUCUCUCGGGCUGCUUAAAAACACCACGCAAGACGAGGACGUUUGCGUCUCUUUUUUCAUCCUGAAACAUACACCGCUAUCAUCACGCCCGACAACCUUAACGGCUUUCCGCGGAGGAGAAAAGUUGAUCAACAAGUUCUUCCAAUGUUCGCCUUGUCGUGGCGGCUUUUGUGAGGUGAGACUGGGACACGUCCCGGCGAAGGACAAUGCAGGACAGCCGUGGACAGGACUGCUAAGCAAACAUCGCCGGCUCAUUAGCAAGUAGCAUCGGCACGCCAGCCUGCUGGGAUUUACCGGCGUUGGCGCCUUCGUCCACCCGUCACCGGCAGAAGUGAAGGACUGCAUGCCUCGAUGGUUCCGAACAAGUGGAGCAUGAAUUCUGUCCUGCACAAGUCGCCACCUCGGAGCUGGCUGGGACUCAAAUUGAGACUCAAUGACAAGCCCGUCCAGGAGGAGGACUGGGUGGUGUGCCAGCAUCCCGAGUGUCCCGACCGCCACAGGGCCUCAAAGGUGUGCCAUCACCCCGACUGCCAAGGCCUGAAUAGCAAGACCCCCCUCCACCUGUGUGAGUCAUGUGACUCUCGCUGCCACUCUGAGAACAACAUGCACUUUGACCGCCACCCCCGCUUUGACCUUCAACCCCAAGCUUCCAUCCUGGCUCGGAACGUGUCCACACGAUCCUGCCCCCCGCGCACCAGCCCCCCCUCCGACCUGGAGGAAGAGGACGAGGGGAGCAGUGAGCGCGGGGAGAAGAAAGCAGGGGGGAUGAAGUUGGCCAAGAAGAAGGCACGCAGGCGACACACUGAUGACCCCAGCAAGGAGUGCUUCAGCCUCAAGUUUGACCUCAACGUAGACAUCAACACAGAAAUAGUCCCUGCUGUGAAAAAGAAAACACUGCGAGAGGUUUUGGGUCCAGUGUUUGAGAGAAACGGCAUCGAGCUGUCCCGGGUGGACCUGUUCCUGGACCAGUCCAACACGCCCCUGUCGCUGAACUUUGAAGCCUACAGAUUUGGCGGCCACUACCUCAAGGUCAAAGCGCGGCCUGGCGACGAGCUGAAGGUGGAGCAGGGCGUGAAGGACAUGAGGUCUCUCAGCCUCCCCAACAUGAAGCCCUCAGGAAGUCCUUACAUCGUCACACCGGCCACCGAGAGGGCAGAGCACGGAUCUUUGGGACGCCGCGAGGGCUUGGACCCGCUGGGUCAGUCCCGGCGGAGGAAGAACAUGACGGAGUUUCUGGGGGAGACCAACAUUCCCAGCCCGGACACGCUGGGCCAGAUGAGCGGCUCUCUGCCCGGCGCCGGUCCCGACAGCUGGAAGAACCGAGCCGCCAGCCGCUUCAGUGGCUUCUUCAGCUCCAACGCCCCCGCCGCCGCCUCCUUUGGCAAGGAAGUGGACCGCCUGGAGCAGCUCCAGAGCAAGCUGCACUCGUACACGUUGUUCGGGCUGCCAAAGGUGCCGCGGCAGCUCUCCUUCCACCAGGACUCCUGGGAGGAAGAGGACGAGCAGGAGCCAGACCUGGUCCUGGAGGACAGCUGGCAGAUGUUGCUGGACAACGCUGAGACGCUGACAAGGAGACAGUUCCACCAGCAGGAGGCGAUAUGGGAGCUGCUGCACACGGAGGCUAGCUACAUCAAAAAACUCAGAGUCAUCACCGACCUGUUCCUGUGCGGCCUGCUCAACCUGCAGGAGAGUGGCCUCCUCACCGACGUGGAGCCCCCGCGCCUCUUCAGCAACGUUCAGGAGCUCGUACGCCUUCACACGGCCCUCUGGAACCAAGUCAUGCUCCCCCUGCUGGACAAGGCCAGGCAGGCCCGCACGCUGCUCGAUCCCACCGACCUCCACCAAGGCUUCAGGACGUUCGCCUCCAGGUUCAAGCCGUACAUCCGCUACUGCAUGGAGGAGGAGAGCUGCAUGGAGAACAUGCGAGCGCUUCUCAGGGACAACGACCUCUUCAGGACCUACGUGACGUGGGGCGAGACCCACAAACAGUGCAACCGUCUAAAGCUAGCAGACAUGCUGGCCAAACCUCACCAGCGACUCACCAAAUAUCCUCUCCUGCUGAAGAGCGUGCUCAAGAAGACUGAUGAGCCGUUGGCCCGUGACGUCGUCAGCGGCAUGGUGGCCACGGUGGAGAGCUUCAUCGACAGCAUCAACUCGCACAUGCGUCAGCGUCAGGAGCAGCAAAAGCUGGCCACCAUUUCCUCCCGCAUCGACUCCUACGAGGCAGUAGAGGGCAGCAGCGAGGAGGUGGAAAAGAUCCUCAAAGAGUACAACCGCUUUGACCUCAUGGCUCCCAUGAGAGGCACGUCAGCCGAGGAGACUCGACAGCUCCACCUGGAGGGCGCACUGAAGAUGAAGGAGGGCAAAGACAGCAGGAUGGACGUCUACUGCUUCCUCUUCACCGACCUGCUGCUCAUCACCAAGCCCGUCAAGAGAGUGGAGAAGGUCAAGAUCAUCCGCCAGCCACUCCUAAUCCACAACGUGGUCUGCAAGGAACUCAAAGACGCCGGUUCCUUCAUCCUCAUCUACCUCAACGAGUUCCGGAGCGCCGUGGCCGCCUACACCUUCCAAGCCAACAGCGCCCCCCAGGGGAGGAGCUGGAUGGAGGCCAUCGCCAAUGUGCAGAAUCAACUCCAGAAGCUCCGCACUGAGGAGGUGAUCAGACAGCAGAAUUCCAUCAAGACAAACACGCAGCAGGAAGACGACGAAGAAGAUGAUGAGAGCAGCAACUCCAACGCUAGUUCUCCAUGUCUGACACACAAACAGCAGCACAACCUCAGCCAGUCAGACGGUUCCACUGAGACGCUGUCCGUGAUGGAUGUGGACGAUCCGGCCGAGUCGUCUCCCAGCGAGGGACACGCAGACGUCUCGGUCCUGUCAGAGAGGUCGGAGGCAGAGCUUCCCUCGGGUCUCCACAGGACGUCCUCGGGCGUUUACGCUGAUCCCGACCAGGAGGCGGAGCCAGACAGCUCGGAGAUGGACCCUCAGUGUCGCUCUCUGUCCAUGGACAGCGCCUACGGGACGCUCUCCCCCGAGUCCCUCCUCAGAGAACUUCAGCCUCAGCAAAGUGAAGGAGAGGGCACGGAGGACGACGAGGAAGAGCGGGAGGAGGAAGAGGAGGAGGACGGCGCCUCGUUGGGCUCGCAGCUGUCCGUGGUCCAGUCGUGUAAACCUCGCAGGCGGCCUCACGUGACGUCCCGACUCCACUGCCUCCAGAAGCUGUCCACUCUCGCCUUGUCUCGCUCCGAGGACAACCUCCUGCAGCGCCUCCACGCCAAAGCGCCCACGUCCUUCAUGGCGUGUGACCACGGCCACUCUCAGGACAAGGACAUGCCCCCGCUGUGCCACAGCAAGAGCCUGUCGGAGCUUGGAAGCAAAGCGGCCGGUGUCAACGCCCAAAGCAGCAGCAGCAGCAGCGGCAGCGUCGGCGGUGGUUCUGACAGGGAUGCUGCGCUCUCUGGCAGCGUCCGGAGAAAGCACGAGCCUGCAACCAGCGCCGAUUCGGGCGAAACGUCGCCCAAAUCAACUAAAUCGACGCCUCAGCAGCACAAGAAGCUGACGCAAGCGCAGCUCUAUCGAAUACGCACCACUCUGGUCCUCAACUCCACGCUCACUGCAUCGGAGGUGUAACCACGGCAACCCACUUGAGACCACUGCACUCUCUCUCUUUGAGACGCCGCCGCCAUUCGGGAAGCCCACGUGCACGCUCGCCAUCGUUGCGCACGCCAACAACGGGAGGAGGCCCGGAGGAGAGACUCUCACUGCUUGCACUUUGCAGAGAACGUAGCACCUCAAGGGGGAGCCGCUGGGAGGAGGAGCUGCCUCUUUUUUUUUUCCUUUUUUGGGGAUGGGGCGGAGGUUUGGGGCACGGACAGGCGGGGCCAUGACUUUAAUUUUCUCCAACAAGGCGAAAGAUGAUUGCACAUUUGUUUAAAAAAAGGAAAAAGAAGAAUCGCUAAGGAGACAGUCACAUGGUGCGCGCGCGCGCGCGCGCGUGUGUGUUUGUGUGUGUGUGUGUGUGUGUGUGUGUGUGUGUGUGUGCGCGCGAGUGCUUACGGGGACCACCCAACCAACCAAAGACGAGUCCAUCAGGUUUUCCACCUGUUUUAUUCAUUUUUGAUUGAUUUCCUGUUGAGUGAGGCCCAGCGAAGAGGCGUGGCCAUUAAGGGUGGGCGGGGUCAUAAACACAUGUGACUUUAAAGGCUUCCCUGCACUACAAUGUAUAAAAAAAAAAGCAGACAAAUGACGGUGGCUUGGCUGCGUCUCAUCUUGCUGGUUUUGGCUUUUUUGUAGCAUGAAGGCGACUUUGAACGACUUUUGUGAAAAUAUUACAAAUAUUCCAAACAAAAUACUUUAACACCAAAUAGUCUGUUUACAUUAUUUCAGGUUUGUUUUUGUUUUGUUUUCUUGCUCAUGUCUACUAUUUAUUGUAUACAAUAGAGUAUUAGGGCUUCACCAAAGUCAAAGAAAUUCUUAAGCCAGAAUUGUACGAGAAAAUUGUCUGCAUAUUACGCAAAUAAGUGAAAUUUUAUGCAAAUAAAAAAAAUAUAUAUUUUGGCAACAAAAAAAAGUGAAGUAUAAAUUUGUAAUAUCAAACGAAAAAGAAGAUUGUGAUAUUAAGAGUAUAAAGUUGUAAAAGUAAAGGGGAAAAACAUGAAAAUGUUAGGAAAAGUCGUCAUUUUACGCAAAAGUCUGAAUUUUCCCCCCAUUUUCCCCCAAAGUGUCAUAAUAAAUAUGAAAUAUUUGUUCUUCUUCUGUUCUGUUUGAAAAAAAACUGCCAAAAAUUCCAACUUGAUUUUUCUAACUGUUCAACUAUGGUCACAUAACAUUACGGCUUUAUUCUCAUCACCUUACAACUUUGUCAUUAUUCUCGUCAUGUUUUGACUUUUAUAUUAUUAUAUAUAUUAUUUAUAUUAUAUUAUUUGAUACUUUUAUAUUACGACUUUUUCGCUGAACAUGACAACUUUAUUCUCGGAAUCUUGUGAUGUUACGACGUUAUUCCCGUAAGAUGACGAUUUUAUUCUCACAACAUUACGACUUUAUCGUUGGAACUCGAUGACUUUAUUGUCUUAACAUGGCGACUGUGCACUCGUAAUGUUUUGACUUUAGUUUUGUGACAUUACGACUUCUUCUUGUAAAGUUACAAUUUUAUUAUUUCAAGUUUGAUCUCGUAAUGUUAGAAUGUAAGAAUAAAGACGUAACAUAACUUUGUGUUAACUUUACGUAACUGACUUUGUUUUCAUAACUUCAGACUUUAUUGUCGUUAUUCUCGGAAUGUUUUGACUUUUUUGCAGAACAUUACAGCUUUAUUCUUGCUCGUAAUAAAUACCACCUUAUUCUCGUAACAUUACAACUUUAUUCUCGUAACUAACACUUUAUCGUUGGAACUUUAAUCUCUUAACAUGGCGACUGUGUUCUGAUAAGGUUUUGACUUUAAUUUUGCAACAUUACAACUUUUUCUUGUAAGAUUACAAUUUCAUUCUCGUAAUAUUUCAACUUUGAUCUCGUAACGUUACGACUUUAUUCUUGUAACGUUAGGACUUCAUGGUAACUUUACGACUCUUAUUGUCGCAGCUUAAUGACUUUAUUCUCGCAACUUUGCGCCUGUUUUCCGCUCAUGUUUUGACUUCAAUUUUGUAACAUUACGACUUUCUAGUAAAAUUACAAUUUUAUUCUCGGAACAUUUCAAGUUUGAUCUCGUAAUGUUACGACUUUAUUCCCAUGAUAUGAAUUUCUUUUCUUAACAUAACUUUUUUGCUACGACUUUAUUGUCUUCAUGUUUUGACUUUAAUUUUGUAUUAUUACGACUUUUCUUGUGACAUUCCGAGUAUUCUUGUCAUGUUUCAACCGCAAUCGCGCAAUAUUAUGACUUCAUUCAACGUUGCAACUUUGUCAUCACGUUCCGACUCUCUCUACUCUGACAUUGUAACAUUGCAAAUUUAUUCUCGUAAUGUUUUGAAUUUAAUUUUGCAACUUUACAACUUUUUCUUGUAAGAUAACAAUUUUAUUCUCGUAAUAUUUCAACUUUGAUCUCGAAAUGUUACGACUUUAUUCUUGUAACAUUAGGACUUCAUGGUAACAUUACGACUCUUACUGUCACAGCUUUUUGACUUUAUUUGCCUUUUUCCAUCAUAUUUAGGCUUUAGUUGACUAAUAUUAUGACUUUUUCAUGCAACCUUACGACUUUAUGCUCAUAAUGUUUCAACUUUGAUCUCGGAACAUUACGACUUUAUUGUCACGAUACGAAUUUCUUCUCGUAACAUUACAACUUUUUUGCUACGACGAUUUUAUUCUCGUAAUGUUUUGACAAUUUUGUAAAAUGACGACUUUUUCUUGCAACAUCACCGCUUUAUUUUCGUAAUGUUAGGACUUACGACAUUUUUUUCUCGUACCUUUACCAUUUUUGACGUUUGAUUGUGUCCCUACUAUUUCUUUGUCAUGUUGCCUGUUGUAUGUUUGUGUAUAAAUAUAAAUAAGAUGAUGUUGAUAUUGUGUGCUACCAAUGUUUGUACAUUUUGUUUUUGUUGACUUAGUCUUAAGAUGUUGGUUUUUUUGGGGGGGGAGAGAAUGAGUUCAAAAAAAGGAAAAAAAAUCCUGCAAAAGUGCGUCAGGAUAUGAAAAUUCCUGCUUGAACGAUUUAAUCCGCCCUGAUGGAGUCAUUAAAAGGUUUUAGACAACAGGUGGCCAAAAAAAUGACAAAAAUAAACGUAAGUGACGUCAGGUCAGCGCUAAGUGCGCCACAAUGGACAUGACCUGCGACCCUUCUUUUUUUUUUUUUUUUUUAGCUGCAACCCAUGACAGUAGUUAUUUCAUUUUAGUCAUUUC